GUCCCCUAGAUACAUUUCCUCUUUCCCUUCAACCUUCAAUCAUGAAAUCAGUCAUUCGUUCGAACCUUCUUUGAUUUCCGUCUCUCGUUAAUCUAUUUUGGUCUUGCUUCUCUCCUUGUGUUUCAUCCAAAACCAUCCAAUCUCAUUCUCCCCCCGAAAUGCCCCCUUCGGCCCUGACCACGACCUUUAUACAAUCGACCUUCCUGAAUGCUAUCGCCAAUGUGCUCGCCCAGAUCAUAGAUCAAUACCACCGCGGUAAACCCCUAUCAAAAUUCCACCUCAACUCCCCCGCCCUCCUCCAAUUCCUCAUCUACGGCCUCCUAAGCGUCCUCCCGAACUUCAUCUGGCAACGAUUCCUGGAAACCCAAUUUCCAGGGUUUCCGACCUUCGCGCGCCGCCGGAGGUAUACCACCGUCACCCAUCCAACCCCUUCUAGAUCAAGAAAGACAGGAAAAGAGAAAGGGAAGGCUGGGGAGGUGUGUAUUACUAUUUCUCUUGAUGAUGAUGAUGAACAUAGUGACGGUGAUGAUCUGGGUUUGGAUGGGAAGGUAGGGGGCUGGGGGUGGUUUAAGGAGAAGAACAAGUCCAGCAGUACCAAAUGGAGGAUGGGGAUGGGGAUGGGGAUGGGGAUGUUUCGGCCCAGGAAGAAGGAGAAGGCAAACAUCACCAACACCACCACCACCGGGUGGAGGAAUUUCCUGGCGAAGUUCUUGUUGGAUCAGACGGUGGGAUCGGUGAUGAAUAUUUUGUUGUUUGUGGUGUUGAUUAAUUUGUUGAAGGGGGUGGGGUGGUCUGGGUGUUGGGCUUUGGUGCGCGAGGACUUUCGACCCAUCAUGAUGGCUCGGCUCAAGUAUCGCCCGCUCGUCUCCGUGCUCAUGUACACGGUUGUACCCGUGGAUCGGCGUGUGGUCUUCGGCAGUGCCUGCGGCGUGAUCUGGGGCGUCUAUCUGAGCUUGUAUGCGGUGGUCUAGACUUCUUCUUCGAUUUCCUGUUGCUGGGGUUUGCUGCGGGCUAUCACUUCUCUGGAAUAGAGACGCUGCUGCUAGAGUCAAACUCCCAUUUUAACAU